AUGUGCAUGCUUCCGGAGCAGACCGGUGAGCCCGCGCCUGCAGUGUUCUUGCGCUGUGCCGAUGGAGAAACACCUACCCAUAGCUACUUGAAGCAAUUUAUUAAAGUUUCAGGGUCAGUAGCAAUCACCAAAGACAGACGUUGGCACCAGAUAAAGCUCAAUAUCAAAAGGUUUACCCCUUCAAUUCAAAACUUAAAUUUAUUGGCCUUGGCGAGUUUUGGAAGAAAUGCAAGAGACAAAGGGAAGCGUGAGAUUUGGUUAGAACUGGGAACGAAAAGGAAUGAAAAGUACGGCGUAUCUUCCUUUACCCAUGGAAAGGCAUCUCCGAAUAAUUGA